AUGUCCGCCGCCAACACCGUGGUGGAGCUUGGUGGCCGCACCAUUCUGUUGGACAAGUCUUCCUUCUGCGGAGGGAACAGCACCAAGGCCACCAGCGGCAUCAAUGGUGCUGGGACCAAGACCCAGAAAGGAAAGUCCAUCCCGGACACGGCAGAGAUCUUCAUCGCGGACACGCUGAAGGGCGGCGCGAAGAAGCCAGAGCUUGCCAAGGUGCUCUGUGCCAACAGCGCAGCGGAUGUUGACUGGCUCGUGGACAAGUUCGACCUCGAUCUCUCCCUCGUCGCGCGACUGGGAGGGCACUCCCAGCCCCGCACGCACCGCGGCAAGGAGCGCUUCCCAGGAAUGACCAUCACCUACGCCUUGAUCCAGAUGUUGGAGAAGGUUGCUGAGAAGACCAACCGAGCUCGCAUCGUCACGAAG